UCCCUCUGGUCAGCCCCGCCCCGCCUCCAGGCCCUUUCUUACUGCGCCCGCCUGCACUGCGCCCCCUCAGCCAGUCCCCGGACUCGCUUACCGCCGCACUUCCCGCGUUAAGGUGACGUCGGCGGCAGGGCCGGGCGAGUCGGAGCGACAGCGGCGCAAGAUGGCGGCCACCACGGGCUCGGGAGUAAAAGUUCCUCGUAAUUUUCGACUGUUGGAAGAACUUGAAGAAGGUCAGAAAGGAGUAGGAGAUGGUACAGUUAGCUGGGGUCUUGAAGAUGAUGAAGAUAUGACACUUACAAGAUGGACAGGAAUGAUUAUUGGGCCUCCAAGAACAAUUUAUGAAAACAGAAUAUACAGCCUUAAAAUAGAAUGUGGGCCCAAAUAUCCAGAAGCACCUCCAUUUGUAAGAUUUGUAACAAAAAUUAAUAUGAAUGGAGUAAAUAGUUCUAAUGGAGUGGUGGAUCCCAGAGCCAUAUCAGUCCUAGCAAAAUGGCAGAAUUCUUAUAGUAUCAAAGUUGUUCUGCAAGAACUUCGGCGUCUAAUGAUGUCUAAAGAAAAUAUGAAACUUCCUCAGCCACCUGAAGGACAAUGUUACAGCAAUUAAUUUAAAAAACAACAACAAAUCAUGCCCCUUUAUUCAAUUUAAGCUGUCUUCAUUUUCCACAGUAGUAAAUUUUCUAGAUGCAUCUUGUAGACCUCAAAGUACUGGAAAGGAAGUUCCCGUUCAAAGGAAGUUUAUCUUGAGAUACUGUAAAUGAUACUAAUUUUUCAUUUGAAAUAUAAGUUGUGCUAUAACAAAUAAUCUUGUCAUGUGUAACCACUGUCCACAUAGUUGAACUUCUGGUAUCAAGAAAAGUCUAUUUAAAUUUAUUACUGUCAAGACCAGUGUGGCACAUUUAAUUCAACUGUGAAAACAUAUAUCACACAAUCACCUUGCUGUGUGUUUGGCCUGGGUUGUUGGGUUUUUUUCUUUCUCUGUCUUUUGCAAUAGAGUUGAAGCUCAGGGCUAUUUAUUAGAAUAGACACAAAGGUUUUAGCUUCCAGGACUAUGCUGGGCUUUGUGGACUACUAAUGGGGAUGUGUGCUAACCUCAAUCAUCCCUCCCUUUGUGCUAUCUCUAGUAAAGGCUGAAUGUGACUGUGGUUGGUUUUAUUUUUUAAGUCCUAGUAGUCUAGGGCAGGCUUUCCUUCUUCCCUUUGGCCAAGGCACAGAUUGUAUUUCUCCUCCUGCCCCUCCCCUCCUCCCCGAAUAACAUGGGCCUUGGAUGAGGGAUUCAGGGUUUUUUCAAUCUUUCCUCUCCCCCAUCUUCCUAGAGGGGGUGCUGCUUUAUUUUUGCCCCUUUUGUGAGUCUUCUCCUUACCCCUGGCCAGUGGCCAGCAGGAGCAAGUGUUUGGGCAAUCACCUGACCUGUCCCCUCAUGCUUGUCAUUUUGUUUUUCCCAAUGAAUUUAGUCUUCACCAGCCUGGGAAACAAGAGUAUCUAUUCUGCUCGCAAACUUGGAUCUCCCUUGCCCCCAUGGCACUGCUGCCACACCGCCAAGCUGGCCAUGGCUGAUGUUAUUAGAUAGGCUUUUGACAUGGUGAAAAGAGCAGUAAUUUACCAGGAUUGCUUGGAUUUGCUAGCUGCCAAACUUUAAUGGGGAAGAUCUGCAUGUAGAAAUUCUAAACACACACUCCAAUACAACCAGUCAAAUUUUGGUGCUUCAAAAUUGACCUGAGGAUGUUAACUAAUAAACAGUGCACUUACUUUUGAUCCUUUUUAAAGACCUGACAAUUAGAAACAAAUCAACGUAGUGUAGACUUUGUUUUGACACUUCACGUGUUGUGAGAGAAACUCUUCCAUGAAGAUUUAGGGAUAAAUGGUGUGCACAGCAGAUUAGAGAGAGACCUUACUGGCAUGCCUCCUGGCAAAUCACUGCCUUUUCUGACUUACUGUUUUGGACCACAAACUGCUGAUAUGUGGAUGCAAGCUUAAAUACAAACAACCUAGUGUGUCCUAAGUUUUAUGACAAAUUCAGUGUUUGUGUAAAAACCACAUUUUAAAGCAGCGGCUAUCAAGUCAAUGAACAAUUGAUGUUUCCAUUAACUCUUUUGAGGAAAAUAUUAGUUGUAAGGAUUUAACAUCCUCUGUAAUUAAAGUUUAACAUAACAGUAUUCCAUAAGCAGCCUUUUUAUUGUAUCAGACCAUUGCCUGAUUUUAAUAUAAUAAAAAGUGUGCAUUAAUAUUA